UCAUUUCAAGUUCAGUGUUACAUCGACGUUCGGCCAGCUCGGACGUGUAUAUUUCGAAAUAAGAACGCGGUUUUUAUAUUUGUAAUUCGAAGUGUUUGUGUUGUGCAGUGCAGUUCUGUUUUAAAAUUAAUGUUUUCGUGGCUUUGAAGAUUUGAAUUGAGAAUAACCAUGCCUGCCUACGACAACGAAGGCGCGACGAUAUCCAUGGAGGAUGUUCGCGCCCCGGAAGCCCCCAUCACCAUCAGCACCAUAGAGAAAGAGCUCAUCGCCAGGAGACACAAGCAGUUCAAGAGUCAGAAGUCUACUGUAGCUUCUAGAAAACAACAGGCUGUCUGCGUGAGGAGAGCACACAAGAAAUAUGGAACAACAAAGAACCCGAACAUUAUUCUAGAUGGACUCAACAUGACAGUGCCUAAAGGAACCAUAUACGGUCUCCUGGGUGCAUCAGGUUGUGGAAAAACGACCUUACUAUCUUGCAUCGUGGGCAGACGAAGACUGAACUCUGGAGAGAUUUGGGUGCUGGGUGGCAAACCAGGUAGCCCCGGCAGUGGAGUGCCAGGACCAAGGAUUGGAUACAUGCCUCAGGAAAUAGCGUUGUUCGGAGAGUUCUCUAUCAGAGAAACAUUGAUCUAUUUCGGUUGGAUCGCGAACAUGCCAACCAAGGAGGUCGAGGAGCGGAUAGACUUCUUGAUUGCCUUGCUGCAAUUACCGAACCCUACAAGGCAAGUCAAGAAUCUGUCUGGAGGUCAGCAGAGAAGGACUUCGUUAGCUGCAGCCCUGAUCCACGAUCCUGAACUGCUUAUCCUCGACGAGCCCACUGUUGGAGUAGAUCCAGUUCUUCGACAGAGUAUUUGGGAUCAUUUAGUGGAGAUAACGAAGGGUGGACGCACUACGGUUAUCAUUACAACUCACUACAUAGAUGAGACGAAACAAGCUGAUAUUAUUGGCCUCAUGCGAGGUGGCAGAUUCUUAGCAGAAGAAUCUCCGAUGGAGCUGAUCCGUCGCUACCAGGGAGAGAGUUUAGAAGAAGUAUUUCUUAAGCUCUCAGUGUUACAGAACCUCGGGAAGAGGAGACGGUCCAGUAUCCUCGCUGACGUUGUGGAGAGAGUGGAAUUACCUGCGUUACCGAACCCAGCUGCAGUGGAUCUAGAAGAGGCUGAAAUAGGCGAGAUCUCUGGUGAAUUUGGUGACAACGUAUCGAUGAGCAGCAGAGGCCGAGUGGUGGUGACCCCGGAGCUGGUGGCGCCGAUUGAAGCCAUGCCUCCUCCUGAGAAGCCAGCCAGGAACAUGGACAUGUAUAUACCGAUGAAAUGGCAUCAUAUGAAGGCUCUGAUUUGGAAGAACUUCUUAAGUCUGUUCAGGAAUUUUGGUGCCUUAGCAUUCAUCGUUGGUCUACCGGUCUCCCAAAUGAUAUUCUUCUGCCUCGCCAUUGGUCAUUACCCAGUUGGUCUACCUAUAGCCGUCGUGAACUAUGAAGUCAACUCUACGAACCCCCUCUGUGAAUACAACAAGGAUGUCUGCCCGCAAGAUCCGAAUACCUACGAAUGGAACUUGACAAGAUUCAGUUGUGAAUAUCUUGAUUUUCUGUCGACUCGGCAAUCGAAUUUGAUAACCUAUCCAUCAAAAGAGCUGGCUAUGGCGGAAGCUGAGAAGGGUAAAGCUCGCGCUGUCCUGGUCUUCCACUCCAACUUCUCCGAGUCACUGAUGCAGAGGAUCACGGACCCGCGACACGUCACCAACUGGACCGUCAAGCAUUCAGACAUGGAAGCCCAUAUGGAUGUCACUGACAAACAAGUGGAGUGGAUGUUAUACAGAGACCUGCAGCUGGCCUUCAUGGAUGCUUCAGAACAUUUAGCCACCGUCUGUGAUCUGCCAACGAGGAUCAUGUCCAUUCCUGUCCACUUCAACAAACCCAUAUACGGAUUGGAUGUGCCCAAUUUCACUGACUUUGCAGGACCCGGGGUUAUUUUAACAAUCGUGUUCUUCUUGGCCGUCGCUUUGACUUCCGGAUCUAUGUUGGCUGAGAGAAACGAGGGUAUUCUGGAGAGGUCCCUGGUUUCUGGAAUCACUGGUACCGAGAUCCUCUUCUCCCACGUGAUAGUCGAGAUGCUGGUGAUGUUGGUGCAGUCUGCUGUGGUGCUGCUGCUGGGUUUCCUUCUAUUCGGGCUCACGAUGAAGGGUCCUAUCGGGUGGGUGAUCUGCCUGACAGUCAUGACUGGGCUGUGUGGAAUGACUUUUGGAUUCGUCGUCUCCUGUCUAUGUGAUACAGACAGAACAGCUACGUACAUAGCUCUGGGAUCAUUCUUGCCAAUGGUGUUGCUCUGUGGGAUCAUCUGGCCUAUUGAAGGUAUGCACGUCGUCCUCCAAUGGAUCAGCUACUUCUUGCCUCUAACACUGUCCACCGAGGGUCUUCGCUCCAUGCUGCAGAGAGGCUGGAGUGUCAACACUCCCACUGUCUCCGCCGGCUUCACCUCCAUCGCCAUCUGGAUUGCCGUCUACCUCACCACGAGUAUCCUACUCCUCAAAUUCAAGAAGGGUUAAAUUAAUUCUAGGUUAAGUUUAGUAUUUAGGGGCGAUUUCGUCAGGUUGUAAAUUAAAAUACCGGUCCUCUUUCAAAUCUGGAGAAUUGACGUCAUCAGAUUUGAAAUUUUGGUGCGUAGAAGUCAUCAUUUUCCAC